AUUCCCAUUUAGUUCCCAGUAAGUAAGGCAACAAAAGGCCCAUUUUGUCUCACAGUGGGCCACGAAAGGCCCAUUUCUCCCAACCAUCAUGCCCUCAGCCCAUAUAGCACAGGCCAUUCCAAUUUGCAGUUAAAAGAAUUGUCUUUGGCGCCAACAAGUACAACAAGUUACUUGUCUGCUACAUAUUCCAAGGAAAAACCAGCAAGCCACUUAAUCAAGAACAAAGGCAUUGCCUUAAGAGAUUCCUUUGCUCUUGGAAUUCAAGUCUUCUUCCCAGUUGGGUUUUUUCCCCAUCUUCUUCAAUUUCAUUCCUCCAACAAUAAUGGCUUUUCCUCAUCUCAUUCUCAGCCUCUUGUGACAGCAGCAGAAGGAGAGAAGAAGAUCUUGGCUGGAGAGGCUAGGGGUCAUGUUUAGGCCAAAGCACCAAUCGAGGGAGAUCGUCAUAUCAAAAGGCGGUAGUGGUCGUGCUGAAGACAAUCAAGAGAUUUCAGGGUGGAACAAUAGUAAAUUUCCUUACCUUAUCAAAGGAAAGGCUAACAAGAAGAAGAUUAUCCAUCCUCCCAUCGAAUCCCACUUCAUCCUCCCUGCAAUGAAGAGCGAGAGGCGUUCCUCGUCACCGUCGAUUUCGAGCAUGAUGUCGGUGCUCAAGAGAAUUGGGAGGAACACGAGUUUGAAGAUGACAUUGGAAGGAGCUCACGACCCUAACGAUGAAGAAGUCGUGAACAAGUUCCGGGAAGUUCUGUUUCUCGAGGGUCAUUUGCUAGGCAAGCGAAAUGACUAUCAUACCCUCUUGCGGUUUCUUCGGAUGAGGGAUUUUGAUAUUCCAAAGGCAAAAGACAUGUUUGUGAAUUACAUCAAGUGGAGGGAGGAGUAUAGGGUUGAUGCCAUUGCAAAGGAGUUCAAGUUUGAGGAGGCUGGGGAGGUGAAGAAAUGCUACCCUCAUGGGUUCCAUGGAGUGGACAGAGUUGGGAGGCCAGUGUACAUCGAAAGGCUUGGAAUGGUGAACAUGGAUGCUUUGCUUGAAGUGACCAAAAUGGAGAGGCUAGUGAAGUACCAUGUUUGUGAACAGGAGAAGACCAUGAAUUUGAGGUACCCUGCUUGUUCAAUCAUAGCCAAGACUCACAUAGCUUCCACCACCAGCAUCUUGGAUGUUAAGGGAGUGGGAAUGUCCAGUUUCUCCAAGCCAGCUAGGUACCUUUUCAUGGAGAUUCAGAAGAUUGACAGCAACUACUAUCCAGAGACCUUGCAUCGGCUGUACAUAGUGAAUGCUGGAUCUGGGUUCAGAAUGUUGUGGAAAGUACUGAAGCCAUUUCUUGAUGUCCGUACACUGAAGAAGAUUCAGGUGUUGGGAGAUAGCUACAAAAGUGAACUUCUUGAAGCUGUUGAUCCAAGCAACUUGCCAAGCUUUUUGGGAGGAAGCUGCAGCUGUUCUGGUCAUGGUGGCUGCUUGUUUAGUGAUAAAGGGCCAUGGAACAACCCUGAAAUUCAGGACUUGCUUCAGGUACUUGCUGUAACUGAAGAAGGCUACGAUGAUGCGGAUAACACGAGUUUAGCUUCAGAAGACGGCUUAGCAACACCGGGCAGUGGCCAAAUCGAUCAGAGAAGGCAAGAAGAAGUGGUUAAGAAGCUUGAAAAGAUUCAAGCAUUGGAAGCUGCACUCCUGGAAGCCAACACAAAACUAGAAGCCUUGGAAACAGCUCUUGAAGAUACCAAGAAGGUAGUCAAGGGACUUUCACAGCACAUUCAUCAAACCCUCAACUUCUACAUAGAUUAAUUAUUAUGUCAUUAUCAUUGUUGCUCCCAAAAACCAUGCACUUCAAGGCUGGUUUGGUACUUCACUCUCUUUUUCUCUGUUCCUUCUUCUUUUUGGUGAACAAUGAUCUAUUCUCAAAAGUGCAUGAUAAGUGAAUUCAAAUAGGGUAUACACAAGUCAAUUGCAACUGCAAGCCUGAGUGAACUUAGCUGGUACCAAUGUUCCAAUUCAUUAGCUGAUGCGUAACAUGUAGACUACUCGCAACCUGUAACGCAAAAUUUGUCUUCGUCCCCUGCUAGUUAUUUGAUAUGUGUCUAAUUGAGGAUCACAAUAAAUCAUACUUCAUUUCUCCUCUCAAACACACGCGUGUGCGAUAGUUUUAUAUCAAAAGAUAGAUAUGUCCGUUGGAACUUUUUGUAAAUGUUACUGAAAGUUAGUAGGUACAAGAGAAUAUAUAAUACGAAGACCUGCUCUCACAAUUCAUCAGUCGAUAACCCUAGAAUAAAUAAGAAAAUACUCGUCGUUGAGAAAAACAAGAGCUUUGAGUCUAAAUCGUAACAUCCGAUCCACACAGACAAGAAGAGGAUUGCCACAAGUAUGCUCCCAUACACGUUAAGUUGAUUAAGGGUAACCAACAAAGCAACAAAACUGUCAUCCGCCGGAGGAGGGAUACCACCAACACCCUAAACCUACUCACCCCAUUUAUUCUCGACAAAAAGGCUCUCGAGUAAAAUAUGAAAACAACAAUCAUUUAGGAAAAAAAAGUGUGAUCUCUAACCCUCAAUCAUACCAUCCACACACAUACAAUACACAAGAUGAUUCACCCUGAAUCCCCGUGUGUGCACACAAUCCUAAAUACUAAGUCGAUCAAGAGUGACCAACAAAGCAAAUCAAAUGUUGCCCAUACCGCCUUGUAAAGCUCAGUCGGACAAUCAUCUAUGUGCUAGAAAUCAGUAAUUCCACUAACUCAAACUAUUGAUCUUGAUAACUUAAAUUGUUUAUCAAGAUCCAAUUUCUAAUCUUAAAUAAUUUAUUGACCAUCCAGUUUCGGAUUUAUUAUGAUAUUCCAGCUUAUGAACCCUCCCCUCCUGUAACUGGAAUUUCCUGCCCCCAUCAUUUUCACUUCAAUGUAAAAACAGAGAAUGAAUGAAUGAAUGCAUCAGCUACGUGUUGGAUGCGACAAAUUUCAAUAACCAUUAUGGACAAUUGGAGGCGUUUUUUCCUAUUCCACCAACAACAUUUGGUAGAACAUAGCAUCUUUGUGCCCCCAUAAUUUCCUGCAACCCCCAUCUAUCUUUUUUCCAUACAGCGGCUUACUUUGCCCAAAUGGACAAAAGCUGCACUUUGGAGAAGAGCACUAGCUUGAAGUUUGUGUCACUAUUUUGUUUCUUACAUAUAUACAAUGUCAUGCAACCAUCAAAGGCUAUUAUGAUCUUUAUUUGUUGGUUUGUUGUAUUAGUGCUACCAAAUGGGUUUGCUUAACAGAGAGGGAAGAAAGGUAUAAGAGAGAGAGAGAGAGGCUGUUGAGAGAGAAAUGGCAUCUAAAAUUACAAGCUGUAACUAAUUAGGAAAGCAUCUUUUUGAUAAAUGAAAUUUUUUUAGGAAAGCAUCACUUUCCAAACCAUAAACUCUAUUCUUUAAA